AUGUACUCGAGUUCCACUCAUAUCCGUAAACUCAUUCCGGACAAGAAUCAGGAGGGUAUUACGGACGAAGAGAGGCGCAUAAUUGACGAGCAGCACAGAUUCGUCUUCUUUGUCGUCGGUAUGUCAGUGUACCCGAACUCAGACAUCAGCCUUCUCACGCAGAAGCUGUUCCGCUGCCAGAACUUCGCCAACGACUGUAUGCUUUACCACAACAUCCUCCUGACGAUCCUGUCGCUCAUGUUCUCAAUCUUCUUUGAGUCGCUGGACUUUAACAACCUCAUCUACUCAAUUUGGGGAGCCUUGCUCUGCCAUAUAUCGCACAUUCUGAUAUCCAUCUUUGGGAAUGGAAUCCACGCCCGAAACCUGUUUAUCGUUGUUUUCGCCGUAAUGGGGGCUUUGAGGGCAGUGCUUGUGUUUUCUUGCCCUACCGUCAUUUCGCAAUUGUUUUCCAUCACCACCUUCGUGCUGUUGAAUAACUCUAGGUCUGCUUCCGCCCUUAUUUUAGGGUUUUUUCAGGGAGUUUUGAACAAUAUCAUAGGUUUCAAUACUGUUUACCAGGCUAGAUUAAAUCUUAUUCUAUGUAUCAGUUUCCAGGCACUAAUUACACUCUUCGGUGCUGUUUGGAUCACUUUGUUGUACUUUCAACAUGGACACAAAGUCCGUUCUGGAGGUUUUACACCAGAUAAAACUGUUAAAGACACCAUCAUGGAGAAAAUUAAUAACUUCGGAUACAUCAAGUACUACUUUUCACGAUUUGCUUUAUAUCACUUGGGCUCCUUUAAGUACUUUUUUCACCCUGGUCUCAUUCCCUAUUUAUUGGAAUGCCCUAUUCCUACUAAGCUUAAGGGCUCAGUAAUUUACACGCUUUCAGAGUUUUUGGGCAGGAACUCCGCUUUGGCUAUAGAUGAGACCAUUUAUGCAAAGCCUGGCAGUCAUACUGAACCACUUCUCCUGGCUCUACGUGACAUUCCCAUGUUUUUUUUAAUAUUUUCAGUCAUAAUUUUAAACUCCACCAUUCUUUACUCAACUUUCAGUGGUAAGCAGAUAUUUGUCAAGUCCAGUGGCUACUUGUACAUUUGUCUUAGCAUUUCUGGCCUCGUUUACGGUUACAUUAUCACUCGUGGCACUACUGGUUCCAAGGCCAUUAUUGAGCACUACCGUAAAAAGAAGGGCAGUGACAAUUUACCUCCAGAUGCUUCCAAGAAUGUUAGUGAAGUUCUUACUAUGAGCUACUACUGUACUUUAAUUAUUCCAUAUAUAUUUUCCAAGUCUGUACAGUACCUUUUGAAAAGGAGUAGGCUUUCUAGGCAAUACAUUUUGACUAGAAAGUUCGGCAACUUGUCUCCUGAAGAUGUUAAGAACUUAUACUCACAGUUUCAAUGA